CUGCAGCGCUCUUACCUCCUGCUUCCUCGCUGUGGUGGCUGGGCUAUUUCUGCCAUGACUCUCUGCGUCUAGACCUGGCUGUCCUGUGCCUUUGCCAAUCAAACCCGAGCUUCAUCCUCCAGCAGUGAAGAGAGGGGCUCCUGCCCUUCUGGGUCACUUUUCUUCCUCUCACCUUGACACCAAGCCGCCUCCACUUGUGCCUCCCUGUGCCCUCCGCCCCUGCCCUGCCCGUCCUGGGCACCCAUCACCCAUGGACGACUCGGAAGUGGAGUCGACCGCCAGCAUCCUUGCCUCUGUCAAGGAGCAGGAGGCACAGUUCGAGAAGCUGACCCGGGCGCUCGAGGAGGAACGGCGCCAUGUCUCGGCCCAGCUGGAACGAGUCCGGGUCUCCCCACAGGACGCCGGCCCGGGCUUGGCCAACGGCACGCUCACCCGGCGGCACCAGAACGGCCGUUUCCUGAGCGAUGCUGACCUGGAAAGGCAGAAAUACCCAGAUCUGAAGCUCAACGGGCCGCAGGACCACAGCCACCUCUUGUACAGCACAAUCCCCAGGAUGCAGGACCCGGGCCAGAUUGUGGAGGAGACAUACACCAUGGAGGAGGACCCAGAAGGAGCCAUGUCAGUUGUGUCUGUGGAGACAUCAGACGAUGGGACAACACGCCGUACAGAGACCACGGUAAAGAAAGUGGUGAAGACUGUGACCACCCGGACGGUGCAGCAGGUGCCGGUGGGACCCGAUGGGUUACCUUUGGAAACCUCCCCAGUCACCAGCAACUACGUCCAGACCAUGGACAGGAACUUCCGCAAGAAUGGCAACGGGGGCCCAGGCGGCUACCUGAGCCAGCCGGGCACAGCCACCCUCCCUCGUAACUACCACUACCCUGACGGCUAUGGCCGUCCCUAUGAGGACAGCUACCCGGGCAGCGAUCACAGCUAUGGCAGCCUGUCCCGUGUCACCCGCAUUGAUGAGCGCUACCGCCCCUCCAUGGACACCUACCGGGCCCCUAGCCGUCAGGACAUCUACGGCCCCCAGCCUCAAGUGCGUGUUGGGGGCAGCAACAUGGACCUCAACCAUUUCCCCCCCGAGCCGUACGGCUUGGAGGAUGACCAGCGCAGCAUGGGCUUUGAAGAUGUGGACUACGGGCUUAUGUCUGACUAUGGCACGGCCAGGCGGGCAGGGACCCCGUCUGAUCCUCGGCGGCGGCUCAGGAGUUACGAAGACAUGCUGGUGGAUGAAGUGGCCCCCGACCGGUAUUACUGGGCCCCUCUGGCUCAGCACGAGCGGGGUAGCUUGGCUAGUCUGGACAGCCUGCGGAAAGGAGGUCCAGCCCCGGGUAACUGGCGCCAGCCAGAGCUGCCGGAGGUGAUAGCCAUGCUGAGCUUCCGGCUGGACGCCGUCAAGUCCAACGCAGCCGCCUACCUGCAGCACCUCUGCUACCGUAACGACAAGGUGAAGACGGAGGUGCGCAAGCUGAAGGGCAUGCCUGUGCUGGUGGGAUUGCUAGACCACCCCAAAAAAGAGGUGCAUUAUGGUGCCUGUGGAGCCCUCAAGAACAUCUCCUUUGGCAAGGACCAAGACAAUAAGAUUGCCAUUAAGAACUGCGAUGGGGUACCCGCUCUGGUGCGCCUGUUGCGGAAGGCCCAUGACAUGGACCUCACGGAGGUCAUCACAGGAACACUGUGGAACCUGUCCUCGCAUGACUCCAUCAAGAUGGCCAUUGUGGAUCAUGCGCUACAUGCUCUGACCGAUGAGGUUGUCAUUCCCCGCUCAGGCUGGGAGCGGGAACCCAAUGAGGACUCGAAACCACGCCAUAUUGAGUGGGAGUCGGUGCUCACCAACACCGCUGGCUGCCUUAGGAACGUGAGCUCAGAGCGGAGUGAGGCCCGUCGGAAGCUGCGGGAAUGUGACGGGCUGGUGGAUGCCCUGAUCUACAUCGUCCAGUCCGAGAUCGGCCAGAAGGACUCGGACAGCAAGCUGGUGGAGAACUGUGUGUGCCUGCUGAGAAACUUGUCCUACCAAGUCCACCGUGAGAUCCCGCAUGCCGAGCGCUACCAGGAGACACCUCUGGCCCCUGCCAACAACGCUGGGCCCCACGCUGCAAGCUGCUUUGGUGCCAAGAAGGGCAAAGGUAAAAAGCUCCCGGAAGAUCCUGGUGCCGAUACAGUGGAUUUUCCCAAAAGAACAACUCCAGCCAAAGGUAUGUUCCUCAGUGUGCAGGGCUUGG